UCCUGCCUGCAGGCCAAAGAUUCCGAGGGAACUUCUAGAACACACUCCAGAAUACCAAAGGCCCUGAGAUUCCUGAUCCAAAUUGGCUCCAAAACUGUUCCCAAGGUCCUCCUUGCUAAAGGACCUUGCCACCGAUAUAUAUGCCACAAGGCUGAGGAAUGACCAAGUAGGGCUGUUGCGUGGGCAUACGGACGUACCGACGGCCCUCCCCACACACACGCACCCAGGUCCCCAAAACGGUACAAGAGAAUCAGCUCUCCCCUGCCUUCGUUUUCUAGGAAAGGAACUCGCAGGAAUCUUAGAGGUGAUCAGAGCCGACCCCACAAGAGUAAAGCAGCAAUACCGGGCCAACGCCAGCUGUGGGUCAUGCAGACAAAGACCAAGACAGACGUACUGACAGUUGUACAGAAGGGCCUGAGUGGGAUAGAGGAGCAAACUGAAAAAGGCUGAGGCCAUCCAAGCAGUUCCUAAAAAGGGGCCUUGGGCACCUGCUGCCAUUCCCAGCCCAGCUUUACAGGGGGCAGGUAAGUGGGCAAGCGGGGGGCAGGGUAUCUAGGAGACGGCUUUUGACGUCAGCUGCAGUGCUGGGGAGACGGCAGGGUAGCAACAGGGGGAGGCUGGCGCAGUCUGGGGGGCAAGGCCGUCAGCUGAUGGUAGACAGCCAGUCAAGGGCUGGCGAUAAAAGGGCGGGGCCGCGGCCGACGUCACUGCCGCGGCCGACGUCACCGCCACUUGCCGCAUCCGCAAGAUCUCUCUAGUGCAGCUCGGGUGCAGGUCUCUGCGGGAGCCACCCUAGACCUCUACAGCUUCUUCUGUAACAUGGCUGACUCGGAAAACCAGGGGCCUGCGGAGCCAAGCCAGGCGGCGGCGGCGGCAGCGGCGGCGGCGGCGGCAGCGGCAGAGGCUGCCGCGGCGGCGGCAGAGGAGGUAAUGGCGGAAGGCGGUGCGCAGGGGGGAGACUCUGACAGCGCGGCUGGUGACUCCGACAGCGCAGCUGGUCAGACGGCUGAGGAGCCCCAGACCCCUGCAGAGAAUGCACCAAAGCCUAAAAAUGACUUUAUUGAGAGCCUGCCUAAUUCGGUGAAAUGCCGAGUCCUGGCCCUCAAAAAGCUGCAGAAGCGAUGCGAUAAGAUUGAAGCCAAAUUUGAUAAGGAAUUUCAGGCUCUGGAAAAAAAGUAUAACGACAUCUACAAGCCCCUACUUGCCAAGAUCCAGGAGCUCACCGGUGAGAUGGAGGGGUGUGCAUGGACCUUAGAGGGGGAGGAGGACGACGACGACGAGGAAGAGUACGAGGAUGAGGAAGAGGGGGAAGAGGAGGAGGAGGAGGAGGAGGAAGCUGCAGCAGAGGCUGCUGCGGAGGCGGCGGCUGCCAAAGACGAGGGUCCCCACUCUGCGGUGUCUGAUGACGCCAAGAAAUAAGCGGGGGCAGAGAUUGAACAGGAGAAUGACGACGAAAACAAAAUCCCUAUUUUUUUUUUUUCAGUAUUGGUGGACUUAAAAAUAAGGCUCAGGUUUGGGACCAAAAUACAAUGUGAAUCAAUUCUGACAUUCCUACCUAAAAUUAUAUUAAAUUGAAGCAAUCAGAUCCUGGCCAGCCCGUUUCAAAUUUUUCAUUUUGAACACAAUAAAUAUAUCAAAAGGUGUUGAAGAAAACAAGUUAAAUUUAAAAUGAUUUUUUUCAUGAUCUCUUCUGCACAGACUGCAGUUGAGGCUUAUUAAGGGUGUCAAGUAGAUGUGAAGUAAAGAAUGUCACUUUGAAAUCUAUUCAUUCCACUGUCAUCACACUACACACGGAACACCCAGACCAAGACUGAACAUGUUCUCAAUGCUUAAUUCUUCAGUUUCUUUAGUCUGGACAUUUUCCAGUGCAGAAAAAACAGAACCCAGAAGAAUCUCAUCUUUAAGACUUUGCUUUUGUAACCCACACAUCAGCUUUACACUUCAGAGAAGAGUGAUGGAAUCAUGGAAGCCUGUGAUGGAGAUCAUGACAGUACUGUUUAAUGAGACCUGGAAAACUGCCACUUCAGAUUCUAAAGAAUGUUCUAAAUGUUUGAAUUUAGACAAGCAACAUGGUUCUGAGAAGGAGGGUGUAUAACCUGUAUAAUAUUGUCAACAUAUGUGUUCGUUAUUUACAGUCUCAUGUUUAUGUGUUUUCUUGGUAGUGUCUAUUUACAAAGGUGUAAAAAAAAAAACCCAAAUGUUUAAGUAUUAAAUCCCUUUACCUAGCAUUCUAGAAAUAUUAAUUUACUUGAAAAGAUUCGUAGAAUGUAGCAAAUCCCGUAAAGCAUGUGUAUUCAGUGUUAUGUAGUUUGAUCCUUGUGAAGUCUUUUUUGUCAUGUAGCUUUUAGAAUGUAGCUGUGAAAAUUAUCAGAACUCUUCAAUGAAGCUCAUGUUUGGAAAAAAUAAAUACUUGAAGAACCAAUCCAAGUGUGUGUCCCCACCCCCAGCUCAGAAGUAGAAGGGUUUCAGUUUGCUUGUAUUAGCUGUGCCUUCAUUAUUUUGCUAUGUAAAUGUGACAUAUUAAUAAAAAAUGGUGCAUAUUCAAAUUUUACUGCUUGAGGACAGACUGUAUACAGUUAAGGAUUUUCAGGAAGGACACAUUAAAUGUAAAGACUCUUAGCUUCUUUGUGGGUUUUGAAUUUUGUGUGACUCAGUGAUCUAUAAAGAAACAUAAGCAUAAAGUUGUUUACCACUGUAGUAUUAAUAAAACAGUAUUUUCAAAAAACAAAAGGACUCAAAUACUCUGCCUGCCUGCAAUCAAAUCCCAGCUCUGCCUCCUAUAAGCAAUGAACCUUAGGCAAUUCAGUUGAUCUAUUUCAGUUUCUCCUAUAAAAGGGGAUAGUAACAGCCCCUUCCUCACAAUUAUGGAGAAUAAGUCAGUUAAUACACAAAGUCUGUAGGAUAGUGUCUGACACAUACUCAGUGCUCAAGAAAUUACAGCUAUUAUUUAUUAUUUUUUUAUUAUUACAUGAAAGAUAAAGACACUGAUUGGAAAUUCAAUUGUUCUUCCCUCCCCAGGUACAAAAGGGGGAAAAAAGAGACAUCAUUAUAUUCUUAAGUUUAUCAUUCCUCAUCAGAGAAGAAUGUGGCCUUUAAUUUAGACAAAGGAAAUUCAAUUACCUAUCUCGUUUU